AGGAAAACCACGCUGUGUCUCUGCCUCCGUUGUCUGUCCGACCCGGCGUUGUGAUUGGGGGAGUAUGAAGUGCUCACACCAUCUCCUCUCCAUUCACAUCAGCGCUCCACGCCUGCGCCCCUGAAUUCCCAAAUCCUGCGCGCCUCUGCCCCAACCCCGCUCGUCGACUCCUCUCUGCCAAACACGUCGGAGGAAUCCUUCUCCGGAACUCGUCUUCGUCCUGUCUGUCGGGCUGGCGUGGAGUGGAGAUCCAUCACCACGUGGAUAGGUCUCUUCUUCUGCUGGUUCAACGCUGAAUCUGUCCUUCAAUGCCUUCACAGGCUCUACCCCUGAAGAAGUUGCAGAGUUAGAAGCUAUUGCCGCAUUUUUUGUUGAAGGGAACAUUUUUUUGGGUCAUAUCCAGAUUGAAUACGAAACAUGCUCGUCCUUUUGGGACUUUAAGAGAAUAAGAGGCAAAAGGAACAUAAGGAUAGAGGAGAGAAAUAAACAAUGGGGAAGGGAGAUGUGGCUACCAGGUCAAAAUCUCAAAAAUCACCAGCAAUACAGAAUGAGCAGAGUACACCUGCUAACCCGCCCACAGCAUAUCCUGAUUGGUCUCAGUUCCAGGCAUACUAUAAUGCUGCUGGGACAGCUCCAGUGACCCCACCUUUUUUUCAUCCAUCUGUAGCUCCAAGCCAUCAGGGGCACCCAUAUAUGUGGGGUCCACAGGGCCAGGGUAUUACCCCAUGACCUGGUGAAAGGGACCACUGAGCCGUAAUGCAACCAUUGUAACUCUGGAGAUAAUCCGUCAUCUAACAUUUGAUUAUUCAACUGGAUAGAUGAUGUCUCCUUAUGGGACACCACCACCAUAUGCAGCAAUGUAUGCACAAGGUACACCAUAUCAGCAGGCACCAAUGCCACCGGGUUCACACCCAUACAGUCCUUAUCCUAUGCAGUUACCAAACGGGACAGUUCAAACUCCAACAUCUGGUGCUGGUGGUACAGCGACAGAUAAAUCAAAUAAAAAUAAGCGGAAGGCUUCCCUCAAGAGAUCAAAAGGAAGCUUAGGUAGUCUGGAUGUUGUUGCAGUAAAAAAUAACAAGUCACCGGCAAAGCCUUCAACUUCUUCCUCCAAUGAAGGUUCUUCACAAAGUGAGAGUGGAAGCGGGAGUUCUUCUGAAGGAAGCAGUACAAAUUCAAAAAGUGGUUCAAGGGUGAAGGAUAAUUCUGAGCAAGGACAGGGUAAUGAUGCUAGGAGUAAAUGUACUCAAAGCUCUGUCGUUGAGCCCACACAACCAUCUUCAGGGUCUGUUGUGCUUAACCCUAUGAUGCCAUUUUGGCCUGUGCCCCCUCCCAUGGCUGGCCCAGCAACUACUCUGAAUAUGGGAGUGGAUUACUGGGGUACUCCUGCUUCUGUACCCAUGCAUGGUAAAGUUAUUGCAGCACCGACAUCAGCUCCUUCGUCAAAUUCACGUGAUAUUGUUCUCAGUGAUCCGACUAUACAGGAUGGGAGAGAACUGAAGAGACAAAAACGGAAGCAAUCAAAUAGGGAAUCAGCUCGACGCUCAAGAUUGCGCAAGCAGGCUGAAUGGGAGGAAGUAGCCAAUCGUGCAGAUUUGCUAAAGCAGGAAAAUAGUUCACUUAAAGAAGAAUUGAAACAACUUCAGGAGAAGUGUGAUGGCUUGACCUCAGAAAAUACAUCUCUACAUGAGAAGCUUAAAGCGCUUGAGGAUGAGAAAUCAAAUGGAAAUUGGUACAAGGAUUAAAGGCUGAAACUUCUCUCUCUUUCUGACUGCUGAUAUAAUUUGGUGGUAACCUGAUAGGACGACAACUAAGGAGGUAUUCAUAUACGGUAUUAGACUUUUGUCCGAGGGGGUAAAAUUGUAUCAUAGGAUUUGACAUGGUUGACGGCUACAGAUUCUUCGUCCAGUUGUGCUGCUGUGCUGUGUUGUCUUUCUUCCCUCUUCGUGCUAGAUCCUACAGAAGUACAACUAUGUAGAAACCCCCAGGUGGUGUUUGAAGCCUGGGGGGAUUAGCGUGUGGUAUUGGUAUAGCUGUUGUAGAGCUGCUCACUGAGCUUCUUGACAGAAACUGAAGCGUGCUAAAGCAGUCGUGUGAUUUACGAUUCAGACGGAUUAAUUUUACGGAUAGUAAUGUAACUGCACUCAUGAAUACAAAUAGCCUUUUACUGA